AUGCCAACUCCACCAUCUCCCUCCAAUUCCACUUCAAAGUCCAAACCGCGCCCAUCAUCCCUAGCAUGCAUCGAAUGUCGCAAACAUCAUAUCAAGUGUGAUGCCAGGAGGCCGACCUGCUCGCGAUGCGCGGCGGCACGGAUCAAUUGCGUCUUUCUCCCAUCGCGUCGAGGUGGCCGGCGGAAGCUCGACCAGAUCCCGCCCGCGGUGCCCGUCGCGAAUAUGGGCGGCACUCCCAAAAGUCCAUAUCUGCCAGCAACUAUGACGAUAGAUCAGUCACCGAUGCGAGGUGUCAUCAGCUAUGCACCUGGCACGAAUCUUUCAGAGAGGCUUGUGAUUCAAAACACGCCCGAUGCCAUUGUUGUCCCCGAGGCUCGGCUAGUGCGUCUCUUUUAUGAGAAUUUCCAUGCUGCACACCCGAUCCUCGUGCCGGCGCCACUGUAUGAGCGGUGGGAGUAUCCGUCGUAUCUGCAGCAGGUGGUCAAGUUCAUUGGAAGCCACUACUCUGUGGUUCUGGACAAUGAUAUACUGCACGAAUCGACCUUUCUCACUCUCAAUGGCACCGCGGAACGAACGCCACAUAUGGUGCAGGCGCUACUAUUAUACUCUAUUAUCAUGCGCGCCCGCAACGAGAAUGCGCAGGCCGAGUCAUCUCUGACGCAAGCAAUCGACAUUGCGUUGGAAUUGGGGAUGCAUCGAGAGGAAUUCGUGAUCACAGCCGGAGCUGGCAGAGAACAUGAAGCGGAAAGCUUGCGACGCACCUGGUGGAGUCUGUUUAUUUGGGAGGUCUAUGUGGGCACCCUGCAUGAAAAGAUCCAGUUACGAUGUAGCGACGUGUUUUCAGACGUUCAACUGCCCUGUGAAGAGUCGACAUAUUCCUCCCUCGAAACGAUACCCCCGCCGCAGUCUCUCGCUGCCUUUCGAUCGCGAAUCUUCACGGAGGAUGAGGAUGUUAGCCACUACUCUUCAUUCGCGUAUUGCAUUGAAGCAGCUCGCAUUCUUGCCCGGGUGGUCGUUCUCAAUGGACUUCCCGAGACACAUCACGAUCACUUGCAAGCCGUGGCAAACACGCUCGUGAGUUGGAUACAUCAUCUUCCACCGCAAAAGAUUGAGAUAGUGGAUAUGUACGGGACGAUCGAUGAGAUGAUUUUCCAGGCCCAUUGCACAAUCCAAUACGCUGCCAUGCUCCUCCAUUUGCCUCGGAGUAAUAUCCGACCUCGAUUUCCCGACUCGAUGUUUUCUAUCUGUCCGGUCACCCCAUUCCGUCUGUCUCCUUCUUUAACCCGUCAUGUCCACGAUGUCAAAGCCAUGGAAGCUUCCAAGAAAUUAUCCAAUUUACUAUCCGUCCGCUCGGAUGCCCGCGGAUACAGUCCCAGUAUCGUUUUUGUCGCGAUGCUGUGUGGUCUGGUCCAAUUAGCAGCCACGGAGAUCCACGGAGCCGUGUGCGCAGAUCACCAUCAAAAUCGGAUCGUGCUCGUGCUGGGAUGUCUCAAACUGCUGCGGGCAAAGUGGUCUCUGGCAGAAACGGCUCAUGCUCAUUUGAGGAGUGCAGCUGCACAAGUGGUCACUUCUUCGUCGGAAUAUUCGCUGUCCGAGAGGAAGCCAACACAUCCACAGGGAGAUACUCGACCACAUACGAGGAUCGAGGAGAGUGCAAUGUAUCUUCCGAUUGACGACGAGUCCAUUAAUGAUCAGUUUUGCUCGGGGUUGCUGUCGGAGUUUAUUGACCCAACUUGCGGUGUUUCAUUUUUGUGA